AUGCAUGAAAAGUUCCCUUCAGCCGAAUUGGUGGUCUUCGCCUACCUCUGGGGCUCCUUUCUCGCCCACCGAGGCAUUGCGUCCAUCUCAUGGCCUUGCCCCAAGACCGCUGCGUUCCAGGGAGCUAUCUCUCUUGCGCGAGCCUUUUGGCUCCGUGAUCUGGAUUGCUUCCGCAAGAUCGAACCGUUAGCCGCGCAUCCCUCAGGGGCAAGGAGGUCUUGUCAGAUUGAAAUCGCUAUACGAAUUGAUCGAUUCGAUUAUGUUGAUUUCGUGCUCGCUCACGGUGUAGACAUUAAUGCCGGAGGCAACGAUCUUUUCACAAUGGUGAUGAACUGCGCGACGGACGAUGCUACUACCCUGCAACCCAUCUAUUUCCUCGUAGGGCAUGGUGCGAGGGCAGCUGGCUCAAGAGCGUUGCGAGAAGUGGUUGUGGGUGACAACAUGGAGCUCGCAUCGUGUCUUCUAGACAGUGGGGUAGAGGUUGUUGAUGGGAUGGAGCCGGAAAAGACUUCAUCAUUGAUGGGAGCAGCGCGCGAAGGCUACCAGGACAUGGUGCAGUUGCUGCUCGAUCGCGGAGCCGAUGCCGAGCUUGUUGAUCUGGAAGAAAGAGACGCGGUAGCCAUCGCGAAGGGAGCGACCAUGACAGCAUUGUGA